GUCGUCGCACUCUGCCCUGCAUAAAAAUAUACCUUCACACGAAUAAAAAAUGGCGCAGCUAUUUGGCAUAAACCUGCCUCUACCCGACCUACAUGGGCUUGACCCUGCUCGCGUGCUCGCGCAGCUUGCGAGCAGCGGCAGCACGAUGGGAAAGUCCCUAGACGACCUUCUGCAGCGCAGGCUAGCGGGGUCCGUGGCAACACCCUCUAGAAGCGGGGACACCUGUGCAAUCAUGAGGCGGACCGGCCUUGCCUCGGCGGGCCUGCGGGCGGUGGACAUGAAGGCGAGUGUGCUCGGCUUCGUCAGCCUUGGAGGCUUGCUCGCAACGACGGCUCAGGCGGCUUUGAGCCCGCGCGGCCCGGGUACCUGCGACCGCAACAUGUGCGAGCGCUGCUGCAACGUGGCGACGUCCACCCCCUACAUUGCCUGCGGCUGCCACGCGCUCAAGCACCGGAAAACGGCGUCGGGCAAGGCAUGGGGCGCCUCGGUCGUCGCUGCAGGCGCGGCGAGUAUGGUCUUCCACAGCAGCUACGGCUCCUUCCGCGAGUGGGGCCGCCGACUGGACUUCUGGACCAUCGCGGGCGCCUCUAACAUCAUGACGCGCGCGCUGUUCCCCGGCGUGCCGAAGGCGGUCACCGCCGCCGGCAUCCUGGCCACGCCCUUCAAGCCCUUCCUGGUCUCCUUCGUCAACUCCGUAGCCAUGGAGGUGAAGUUCCUGGCCGCCGCGCAGCGCAACCCCGAGCUGCGGCGGCCGCAGCUGUUGCACUCGGCCUGCUGCCUGGCGGGCUUGGCGGCCUUUGCGUUGGAGGACUGGCGGCCCGACCUGCCGCUGGUGCACAGCGCCUGGCACCUGCUGUCCAGCGUGUCGGUGGCCACGCUCAACCACCUCAUGCACGACGUGGAGCAGCAGCAGCUGGGGCUGGGCGUGCACGCGCCCAAUGCCGAGCUGCUGGGGGCGCGCGCGGUGGCGGGCGCGGUGGGGGCCGCGACGGCGGGCGGCGCGCUGCGUGCGCACCGGCUGCAGGAGGGCCGCCGGCACCGGCGGCGCUACUCACAGGAGGAGCUGGAACGGCAGCGCGCGCGGAAGCAGCAGCGGAUGCACCAGCACGAGCGUCGGCUGUCGCUGGGGUAUUUGGAGAAGGAGGCGGGCGGCAGCGCGGGCGCGAUGGCGGGGCUGCGGCAGGGCCUGGGCCGCCUGUCGUGCGGCGACUUCGUGGGCGGCGGCGUCAAGCACGAGCCGCAGCUGCUGGUGAUGACCAUGCAGCCUCUGGCCGCGUGAGGGGCCGCUAGAGGCAUCGGGUGCCUCAAGGCUCAAGCCAUGGCCCGAAGUAGUCUGCAGAGGCUUGCGGGGCCAGUGCGCGCCGCACCAGCUCGGCCGUGAGACGGCGCGGCGCGCAGGCCGCGGGCAAUGCAGUGGGCAAUGUGGCUGUGGCAGGCCAGGUGCUCACGGCAGUGUGGGCGAGAGGAACUGGCGCUAAUGUAGAUACCCGGCUGUACCUGAGCGGAUGGGAUCGCACCAGCAGAGUGGAGGAGCAUGUGGGUGGCCGCCAAUUGUGGCCAGAUUUGUGUCGCAACGGGCUGUUUGCAAUUUUUUUGGGCUCCACGCAGGCAAGCCCUCCCCUCGCGUAUUGGCGGCGGGGCAGGCGGUUCAAGUAGUAGUGUUGGGGUAGGCACCCUGUGUGCGGAUAUGUGGCGAUACCUGCCGCAACAUUUUUCCCGUGCCGACGAGCGGAUGGCAAGGACUGGUUAUCGCGGUCAGAGGGGCGUAGGGGCGUGGCGAUGCGGGCUGUUUAUGAGCACAGAGGACGGGCGGCAAGCUCAUGCUUUGCUUGCUCAUGUGUGAGCUCAACUUACAUUGGCAGCCGCGUGUGGGGACCCCGUUCUGCGGCGGCGCUGGUUUGUUGCAUGGAAGACGGCAGGUGCAUUGUCUGUUUGUAUGGUGGUGUGUGGUGGUGGCUGCGGUGUGCGGCCGUAUUAGGAAUGCAUUGUAUGUGCGCUGAGGCAAUACUACUUAUGAUUGAUGCGUGUACGUGUGUGUGUGUGCCGUUUAGGAAUGCGAUGUGUGGCUGUUAUUUGGAUGAACGAAUGAGAUUGCUACGGCUUAGAGCACUGCAUUUUGGUGUCGCGUCAGUAACGUGGCAGACGCAACGUCUGUUUGUAUAAUGGUGGAGUGUGUGUGGCUGCGGUGUGCGCUGCAGAGACUGGGGUACGACGUCGAGACAUUCUACCCUUCAUAAUUUAGGUAAUGUGUUACGUAGGCGGGUCGAUUGUUAGCAUCAUGUGCGUGGUGUCUGCCCGCUGCGACUGGGACUCGGGGCAGAGAGACAUUGCUCCACGCUGCUGGACACACACUGCUGGCCAUGACAGCACAGCAGGUGGAUGCUUGGGGACGCGGCCCGUCCAGAUUGCUAGCGUGCAUGGAGAAGAGUGCAGCUAUUCUUUUCAGGGUCAUGGUGUUGGGUAUGCACUGCACGCCGGAGGUUGGUUGCUAGAAAUGUCGUGAGAUGAGAGGUGUGGCCUGUGCGGCGACAGCAAGCAGCACGCAUGUAAGUGCAUACCGUA